AAGCCAUCCUCGCAAAACAGGCUGAGCUGAGGUAAACGCCAAAUAAGAAAGACAAAGGCCAAGCUUUAUGAGAGCCUUUCUAUGUAAUAUCACUGUGCGAAGGAUUAGCAGGUCUGUAAGUGAUUUAUACAUUGCGCUUUCGGACAGUGUCAAAAACCUAGCUCAAUUGAUCAGCAAUCCUGGAAGUGAUCUGCCUGAAGAAGAACUUCACGGCCUCAACAAACUCAUCGAUGACUGGCACAAGGAUGAUAUCACGGUCGACCAAGAAGAAUUUACGCGUCGAAUCCUUUUAGUGUUCAAGAGUUCUACUCGCAAAGAGAUAUAUGAAAGAGAACUUGACAAGCUACUACCCGAGCACAAGGAAGCUAUCACAAGUUUUGUAGACGGAAACACCAACGCGAUAUCGCUGGGCAAGAUUCUAGCGCCUACGGGGAAGGAAAAAUACGUCGAGUUUCAAAAUUGGGGCAGGACUGUCAAGCAUACUCCACUAGUCACUUAUUAUCCCGAAAACGUGGAAGAAGUCAAGACUAUCGUCCGCGAUAGCGUUCAGAAUGAUCGCGGUGUGCGCGUUUCUGGCUUUCGCCAUUCUUGGGCCCCGCUGUUCGGCCGCAACAACAAAUCUGGUUACAAAAACAAUGGCGAUAUUUUAAUCUCAACCUUAUCCGAGAGAAAUGCAGGAAUACUUCCUAACUUUACUUUAUUGCCUUCUAGUCUUUGGCAGCCCCCAGAAACAGAGCUCAAUCAUAUUCAAAUAGUGGAUGUUUCUUGCGCAAAAAAUUAUGUCCGUGUUGGUACGUCAACUACCAAUGAGCAAUUCCGACGCUGGUGCAUCGACAUCGGCAACGUGACGUUGCUGGUGAACAUCAUAGAGGUUGAGAUUACCAUGGGUGGAAGUAAUGCGCCAAUCUGUCAUGAGGCCAGUAUCAAAAACUCAACACUUAGCGAUCAAGUUCGUCGCAUUGCGUACGUUGAUGUCAACGCCGAACUACGGGCAAUCGACAUGGCAGAUCCCACCUUACUCAAUGUAGCAUCUGGGUGUUUUGGCCUUAUUGGAGUUGUCACGCAUAUUGUGCUUGAGUGCGACCCAAUGUGCACAGCCCUCAUGCAUCCUGUGAAACUGGAUGUUGUUAGAGCUAUCCCUCCACCUCCUGAAAUGAAAGUGGCGGAUAUUCCGGAACCUCUUCGUCCGAAGGAAUCCUGGAUGGAAGUAGACAGAAAGAAGUAUCAGCCAAAGUUUAAGCGACGUGUCAAUAACGACUACUACGCAGAAUGGUUCUGGUUCCCGUAUUCGAGCAAGGUAUGGGUUAACACAUGGUCCGUCGACAAGAAUACGGCAAGUGUCGAGAACUAUCCAGACUAUUUCCACACGACUAUCCAACGCGGCGUACAAAACAUUAGAGUACGAGAUAUGGAAGUUGAGCUUCCAGAUGCUAUCAUCAUUUGCUAUGCCAGUGACCCCACUGCACCCAUGCGUAUGCCAUUAGAAAUGCGUAUCAUGGGUAGCAGUAAUGUCACCAUGGCCCCUCAGCGAGGAAAUACGGUAAGAACUUGCGCCAUCGAGAGUUUGACUCUAGCUGCUGUUGCCGACAUCUGGGAGCCCUAUGCACAAGAAGUACUAGAUAAGUGGACGCAGUACAAGGACGUCGAUGGUAACCCUUUGCGCAUCCGCCCUCAUUGGGCAAAGGAAUGGGACCGUUGUAAGGUCAACGGCAAACCUUGGCGUGAGACCCUCCAAAACAAGACCUAUAAGAAUGAGAUGGCCGAGUUCAAAAAGCUUCUAGCAAUCAUUGGUAAGAAGCACUAA